AUGUCGGAAGAACUAAUUCUCCAUCACUAUGCACGAUCGCCAUUCAGCGAAAAAGUGCGACUAGCAAUGGGUUUGAAAAAGUUAAACUGGCGCUCCGUAAUCGUCAAUAAUAUACUCCCACGAUCACACCUUGAACUUCUAGCCGGUGGAUAUCGUCGUAUACCGGUGCUUCAAGUGGGUGCUGAUGUGUAUUGUGACACUCAUUUAAUUUUACGGACGCUCGAUCGUCUUCGACCCGACUCGCCCGCACUCUUUUCAAACAGUGUCAUACAACCUUUGUGCUGGUGGUGGGACAAAUCGAUACUAGCACCCGCGGUAAGAAUCUUAGUCGGGCUUCAUGGUGACAAGUUACCCGAAGCUUUUAUCGAAGAUCGAAAGAAGUUUGCUCCAGGACACACUUUUUCCAAGGAAGACAACGAGAAAGAUAUUCCAGUAAACGUACAGCGCAUCAAUUCACAUCUCGCCUGGCUUACCGACAUGUUGGCUGACGGUCGCAAUUUUCUGCUUGGAGAUUCAUCGCCAUGUGCACUCGACAUCACCACUUAUCACGGACUUUGGUUCAUCAUGGGAGGCGUGGGUAAUGAAACCGAGAAUGUUCUACCACAACUGACUCAGCCCAAACUAUCGGCGUGGCUCAAGCGUGUAGCUGAAUUUGGUCAUGGCACCAGCAAAGAGAUAACGCCUGAAGAGGCACUCGAUGUGGCCAAGCAGGCCGAACCAAUCGAACCCACGUACAUCAAAAAUGACUUAAAAAGCGAGUGGCAUGUCGGACAGCGACUGCGAGUGACACCUGAUGAUGUUGGCCGUGUACCGGUCGAAGGAACAUUCGUCGCUGCGAACAAUUACGAAAUCGUGCUCCGUCUAUCAAAUGAAACGACAGGCAAUAUUAACGUUCAUUUUCCCCGGGCUGGCUUCGAUGUUGUACCAGUCUAA